AUGCGAAGAUAUUUACUGUUGACCACAUUAUUGUUGUGGAAGCAAGAUCCUGUAAACAGUGUGCGUAUCCUAGAACUACGCGUACCUGCCCACGUUGCAGAAGGAGGUGAAGCGAUAUUAGGGUGCCAGUAUGACAUGGAAGGCGAUGUACUAUAUUCUGUCAAGUGGUACAAAGAUGGAAGGGAAUUCUACCGCUACAUACCAAAUAGUAAACACCCUAUCAGUCACUUUGCAACACCAGGAGUUAUGGUUGAUGUCAGGCGAUCAUCAAACACGGUGGUGACAUUGAUUCAUUUAAGUCGAGACUCCUCCGGCCUUUACCGUUGCGAAGUGUCCGGUGAAGCACCACACUUCGCCACGGUGUAUGAUGAGAAAUACAUCACGGUACACUUGCUCCCUGAAACAGGACCUCAGCUGACAGGAUUACAAGAAAAAUAUAACAUAGGGGACCGAGUUAGAGCUAACUGCACAUCAUCAGGUUCACGGCCUGAGGCUCAAAUAAAAUGGCUCAUUAAUAAUAGGGUGGCUACGAAAAAUCAUCUCCGCGGCCCCUGGUACAGAACAUCGCUACGACCCGAUGCAAUCGAAACCAUAUUGGAACUUAACUUUAUCGUGGGAUCAAACCACUUUAGACUAAAUACUAUGGAUCUGAAAUGCCAAGCGACGAUAGCUCCAUUAUACCAGAAAGAGACAGAACAUAGGGUGAUACGAUAUGAAAUCCCUGAGCUUAAUUCAAAUACGGAGCAACCAAAACUAGGAGAACAGUCAACGCCAACUUUUCCCGAGUUUGGUGACACAAGUCAGUUACAAUUCGAUGAUGAUAAAGAUCAAGCAACGACUUCAUCACAAUUAAACUUUUGUUUAUUAUUAUUAAUUACUUUUCUACAGCUGACUGCGUGA